CCUCGACGAAUUUGGUUGUUCUUCGGAAUUGAAAUAUUGAAAUUUCGCACAGCUCGCGUACCGUAUACAGCAUAUUCUCCUGACGUCGUGUUCUUCGUCUUCCGUGUGCUUGGUGUGUGUUUUUGUUAUUGCCGUCGUAUUUUUUUCGGGUGUAUAUUUAACAAACGUUACAAUUACAUUUUUUUCACGUGUGUUACCUACUGUUAUACUGCCAGUGUACUUUCGGUACUUGGUACUUGGUACACAAAUAACAAAGUCAAACAAAUAAAGCAAGUUAAAGAGGACACCGAAAACAAAAACAAAUAGAAGAGCGCUUGCGUUUUGUUGUUGUCGCGCAGCAUGUGGAGUUACAGUUAACUGUAACAGUUAAAGGGGAGCACAGAAGGUGGAGGAGCACGCGAACGGAGGAGAGGGCGAGACCAAAGAGCCUGUGGAGAGCAGAGAGGAGAAGGAGAAGGAAAGGGAGGAGAGGACUCACUGCUCCGCUUGACUAAAUGCAGUCGACGCUGCGAUUAUUAUGUGCCAGCCCCAACAGCAGCAGCAACAACAACACUUGAUACGAAAAUAAACAAACAAAAUCAAUCAAUUAAUCAAUCUGCUGAGCACACCGCUCUCCACGCCCACACACACACACACACACACACUAGCACACACGCGCAAAAACACACAACACAACAAAACACACACGAGUCAACGCCCACGCCCAUUGGAGAAAAGGAGGGAGUGGCAGGACAACAACAAGAAAGGAGGAGAAAGGAGCAGCGAGCAAGAGCAACCAGGCGAAAAGAGGACGAAAACGAGACCGAAAACGGAGCCGAAGACAACAUGUUCAACUCACUUGUUUUGAUGGCCUGCGCCCUUGCCGCCCUCUCCUACGCCCAGGAGGCGGGGCCCGCUCGAUCCAAAUCGCUAUCGCUAUCGUUAUCGCUACCGCUAUCGGCAUCGACAUCGGUAUCGGGUCCUGGAGCGGACCCAACAUCCCCCGCCACCGCCCCCGCCCCCGUCACUGCCCCCUUUUCGGGCAAGCAGCUGAACAGAUGCCGUCAAAGUUGCUAUCAGCAGCUUUCCAAGGACUGGCAUUAUUGUAAGGAUUCCGCUGAUUGCACAAACUGCUGCCAAAAGCUGAUGGCGCCCUUCGAGCUGAGGAUACUGAAGGCUCAGCGCCAGGAGUCGCUCGUCCUCACGGACAUCGGCUGGGACGAGGUGAUAGCGAACGCCUCGCGCCAGUGCCUGAUCACCUGGGAGGUGUCCGGCGGCGGCCUGAUCGGCAACUUGCUCACGGACACCGCCCGAGCGGAGCUGUCCUUGUGGCCGGACACCGUCUACAACAUCCAGGUCAAGUGCAAGCACAAGCUCACGGGCGUGAUGCGGCGUUCGAUCAAACUGAAUGUGGACACCAGCCAGCUGGUGGGCACGACAACGACCACGACCACAACUCCGAGCACCCUCAGGGGCCGGGAGCAGCCAUCGCCGUCUGUGGACCAGCCAGAUUCCUUGGACCACUCGCUCCAGCGGGCCCACAGCCGACCCACGGAUCGGGUGUACAUAAUCAGCGCUCUGCCCACGCCCAGCGAACUGGGCGGAGUGGUCUAUCCGGCCUUCGGGGCCCUGGCCUUCUUCCUGGCCCUGCUGGUCAUGUUCCUCUUCCUGCGCCCGCAGCGCAAGCGAAUUCCCCUGGACGCGGACAGUGCGGACACGGCCACGCUGAUAGGUCGCGCCUCGGGCUCCUCCAGGAACUCUCUGGACGCCUCCACGCUGCACGUCUAAGGAGGCGGGGAAUCGAGUCCGGGAACUUGUAGUCGUAUAUAUAUAUUAUAGAUGUCUGACUAUGUGAUAUUCUGCACCCCAAAAAAGCGAAGGACGCGAACAAUUGUGUACAUACCCCAUGCCCCAUCAACGCGUUAGUUAGCCCCCAUCCCCCAGAUUAAGACACUGGAUUGCGGUUCGAUCUGAUGAUAUAAUGAUCGUGAUGGAUCUGAUCGAACCGCACCCAAUCGAAUUGGACAGUCAAGCAACGUUCGCUCAACUAAGUUUAAGUUUUAUCCUCUGUCAUUCGUAGAUCCCAAUGCCAAACCAGCGCAGUCAUAUAUACACGCAUGAUAACGUACAUAGCUCUAUAUACAUGCAUAUACCAACUAUAUUAUACAUUUAACGCAUUUGCUAUAUACAUAUAUAUCAUAGUUAUACAAGCGACGCAGCUACAGAUACAUCAAGUGCAGAUCGAGAUACAGAUACAGAUACAGAGACGUUUACGGUUACGGUUACGGUUACGGUUACGGAUAUAAACAUAUAUUAUAUUAUACUAUUAUAUUAUAUUAUAUAUAUUAUAUUAUAGACUAGGGGCCAGCGGCCAACCAACUACAUACACCAAACUAAAUGCAACAAAUUGCUACAAAUUUUUUGUCAAUCGUCGUCGCUCGCUUGCAAACAUACAAACAAAUAACAAAUAAAAAGCAUUUGUUUUUAUCUCAGGUUAAAAACAAAUUAAAACCAAUUAAUACAAAUACAAAAUAUCAUGCAUCUCUUUUCCAUUUUUUGUCGUCUUUAAACUUUAAUGAAACAUAGUGCGUAAAGAGAAAGCAAAACAUAAGGAGUAAGGAUUAACAACUUAACAAGAAAACCACUUGAAUCAAAAGUAAAUAUUUUUCAAAAUUUUUAAAUGUUUAUACCUAGACAACUCAAUUGAAUUAACAACAAAGUAAACUACUAUAACUGACUUACUGUACUUGAGAAUGUAAAAACAAAGUAACAAAGUAACUAACUAAAGUGAAUUAUGGUUAAUACGGUUGAUUAAAGACCUAAGCUGAGAAAACUUCGCUACGCAAAAUGCCUGUAAAUAUUUUAGCCCUAAUUUAUUUAUGUAUUUAAUGGUCCAUUGUUUUGUUAACCUAUGAUUUAAGGAGGCCUCAGAGACAGAAGGGUUUUCCGGAGGGGAAGAAUAUGGUUUUUAACUUCAAAGAAACUCUUUCUUGCACAAUAAAGAACCGGUUAAUAUGAUUAAUGGAGUGCUCCUGCUCUUGAUGUUUCUGUGUGUAAGACCGGAUGUUCUUAUGUCUGCUCCAAUGGUUGUAGUACGAAUUAGUGAAUUUUGAUAGAGUUAUCAGAGUAAAUGUGUGCACUUCCCCAACCAAUCUUCCCCCAACGGAAUCUCCGGAGUGAGUCGCAACCCAUUGCCAUAUAACGUAGUCCUAGUUUAAUUUUAGUUUAGAGAUCCAAUUGUGUUACCUCUUUUUUUUUUUGUCUGGCUGAGCUCGUCAAGACUUAAUACGAAAAAUGCCAAUCACAUUUUAGAUAUGUACUGUGUAUGAAUAAAUUCGGACGAGGAGAAUGGAAGCGGAAGUGCGGUACCCCUUCAACAUUUAUCCUUUAUUCGUUUAUUAUGUAAAUAUAAUUUGAUUUGUUAUUGCAGCUCA